AUGAAGUGCUUCUUCAUAGUAGAUGCACAGAACGACUUCCUCCCCAAGGGGUCGUUCAACUCCCGAGACGAUUACAUGGACGCACUGAACAAAAUCAACGCCAUAAGACUAAGGCUACACAACUGUACAGAGAAGGACCUAAUCAAAUUGAACAACUGCAAACACAUGAUGCAGUACCAACCGGAUAAAUUGCUAAAGGAAAAUAUCGUGCAGUAUCACCAGUGCAGCAAUGAUAUAGAUGAUGACCACAGAGAAGGGGACAUUCUUCUCUUUCCGUGGGAUGGUAGUACGAUAAGCAGUUGCUCCAAUGGAUUGAGCGCCCUAAACGGCUGCAGCGGUUUGCAUAAACAACCUGCACAGGGCACAAUAAACGGCGUAGAUGUUAUACCAAAUUAUAGUCAUAACGACGAGCACAUGUAUAAUCACCAUUCUGAUGGAAGUCACCCCAACAAGGGGGAGACAAACAACGUAGUAACGUCAAACGGAACGAAAGAAAGCACCGACGGGGAAAAUGCAAAAUUUGCUCUGAACAUACUAUCUGUUGAUUACCACCCACAGUGUCAUAUUUCCUUUGCGGAAACGCACAGAAUUAUGUUCGAGCAGAUAAACAAAAAUAAGGGGAUCAAAAAGAGUAGCGUGGAGAUGAAUCUAGCACCAUUUGAAGAGGAAGCCGAAGGUAUGCUUGGCGAUGAUCAUGGUGAUGAAAGUGACGGAGGAGAGGUUCAGCACGCUGAACAGGCAGACCUCCAAGAACAAUUUACUUUCCUGAAAAAACAUAAAAUUUUAAACCUCACUGAUGUGAUGAAGAACCUACACAAUAUCAAGUCGACCAAGCACAUCUACAAAAAUGUUAAUUCGGUUAGUGAUAUAAAGGAAUAUAGCAAGCUAAACUUCCUAAACGGGUCAAUAGAUGUAUGGCCAGUCCACUGUGUGCGGAACACCCCGGGGUGCAAAAUACACCCGAACCUUAUCAGACACAUGAACGACAUUGUUAUUAAAAAGGCCGACACAGAGAACCACGACAGUCACACUAUUUUCGAAAACAGGGAGAUAAACGAAAAGAUUUUAAAACUGCUCAAAGGAAUGAACAUAAAGUCUGUCUACAUUUGCGGGUUCAUAUUCGAGUACUGCGUAAAGGAAACUGCUUUGUCUUUUUUGAAUUUCGGGUUUGACACCUACAUUGUGGAGGACGCAACGGCAUACUUGUUCGGGCGGGAGGAAGAUAAGGAUAAUUUGAGGAAGAAGGGAAUCAAGUUUGUGAAUUCCUCCACCAUGUUCGCUUGA